AGUGAAGAACAAACUCAGCAAGCGCUUGCUUACAUUAUAGUCUACCCACGAUCCUUUCCAGGAUCUUUCGCACACCGUAUAUAUUGCUGCGCCAAAAAUGAUAUUUGCUCUUUGAGCACGAUAGGUCUUAUCGAUAUCUACAUUAUUGUCUCUAAAUUUGACAUCUUUCUUACCUUUUCCCCGUUUGCUUUCUGGUCGUUUGUUAUGAAACUAGAGUCAUCCUCGCCUAUUUGAAUCAUAUAUCGAUAUAUUCUGCAUUCCGCUAUGGUUCAGCACGUAGAUGUCCUGAUCUGCGGAAGCGGCUCUGCUGGUUUGUGUGCUGCAACAUGGCUCGCACGUUGUGGCAUUACUUGCAAGAUCCUCGAGAAAAACUCGGGGCCAAUGCAGCUCGGACAGGCUGAUGGUGUUCAGUGCCGGACUGUUGAGGUAUUCGAAAGCUUUGGCCUAGCGGAGGAGCUACUGCGAACAGCUUAUCAUGUCCUUGAGGUUGCUUUCUGGUCAUCAGACUCUAAUGGAAACCUCGUUCGCACACGACGGACGGCGGACACAAUGCCCGGAUUGUCUCAUCAACCGCAUGUCAUUCUGAAUCAAGCCAAUGUCAAUGGCUUUCUGUUAAAUGCAAUGAAGCGCUUUAAUGAGCAGACGGUCGACUAUGGAUACACAGUCAAGAAUGUCCACGUUAAUGGCAUCACAUCCACACAAACCAAUACAACGGUCAAUAUGAGCAGCGCUUCAGCAAACGAUGAUGUAUAUCCAGUAACGGUGACCGCAGAAAGAUUUGGAGUGGAAGAGAUUUUCAAAGCAAAAUACGCACUGGGCUGUGAUGGUGCGCAUAGUAGCGUACGCCGUUCACUUGGGUAUCAAAUGAUUGGUGACAGUACUGAUGCCGUUUGGGGUGUUAUGGAUAUUUACCCUCGAACAAACUUUCCAGAUAUCAGAAAGAAGGCUACCCUUCAUUCGAAUUCAGGCAAUCUACUACUAAUACCACGGGAAGGAGAUUCUCUAGUGCGCUGUUAUAUUGAGCUUCCGCGGGGCACAGUUCCAAAAAGUGUGAAACUCGGAGAUUUGCAUUACACAGCCCAGAGGAUCUUCUAUCCAUAUUCACUAGAAAUCGCGGAGACAUUCUGGUGGUCGGCAUACGCGAUAGGUCAGCGCCUUGUGAACUUUUUCCACAAAGACUAUCGAGUUUUCCUUACUGGUGAUGCUUGUCACACUCAUUCUCCGAAAGCAGGUCAGGGGAUGAAUGUCAGUCUUCAAGAUGGAUACAAUCUUGGGUGGAAAUUAGCGGCCGUCCUCAAAGGACGAGCUAGCCCUAAGCUGCUAGAAACAUACAAUCUCGAACGCGAGAAGGUAGCAGCCGACCUAAUCGAUUUCGAUCGUCAUUUCACAAAGCUCUUCUCGUCGAAAGCCAACAGUACGAAUGGUCAUCCCCCUGACUAUUUCGCCGAGCAGUUUAUUAAGGCAGGCCAAUACACAGCCGGCUUAACGGCAAAAUACGACGAUUCUAUAAUUACGUCUGCUACCCGAGCCAGGCAAGAAUUAGCAACAGGCCUGAAAGUCGGUAUGCGGUUUCCUAGCACUCAGGUGGUGCGGUUUUGCGAUGCAAAGGCAAUGCAGUUGAUCAAAGCUUUGCCUGCUGAUGGUCGUUGGCGUGUUGUCAUCUUUGCUGGAAACCUUCAAGACUCGGCAUGCGUUGAGCGGUUAGAUAGGCUUGCAAGAUUUUUGUCUUCGGAAGAGGGACCAGUCCGCCAGUUUACUGCACCAGGCGAGGACAUUGAUAGUUUUAUUGAACCAAUACUUGUCCUUCACGGAGAUCGAUUGCAAAUAGAGCAAGAGCAGAUCCCAUUGUACUUCUCUCCAGUAAACGGGAAAUGGCGAAUGCGAGACUUGUUCAAAACUUUCGUCGAUGAUGAGAGCUAUAAUGCAGGCCACGGACACGCGUACAAGAAUUACGGCAUCAAUGUAGCAGAAGGCGCAAUUGCGAUUGUUCGCCCUGAUCAAUAUAUCUCCCUUGUCACCGCUCUUGAUGACCAUCAAGCUAUUGGGGAUUUCUUUGGGGGCUUUGCCUUGCGUCCGUAGACUCCGGUAAUAUGUAGUCUAUUAGAAAUAACUCAGUAUAUUCAGGAUUUGGCUCU